AAAUGGGACUCUCCACACCUGAGAUGCCUCCAGCCUCAUUCAAUCAGAGCCCGCGUAUUUGAGGAAGCGCCACCCAGGCCUGAUCUUUAGUCUCACCGAUUCUCCCACCCGGCGCCAGUCCCUCUCUCCUCUCGCUAAAGGUGGACCUCAAACUCCAACAUCUCGACUUCUGGGACAGCCUCCAUGGCCAGGUCCCGGGACUGCUGGACUGGGACAUGGGGAACGAGGCCUUUCUGGCCUUCACCACAGCGCACCUUCCCGUAGCCGAGCAGAACCUUGCCAGAUAUAAACUCCGAGUAGUUGAGCCACCAAAAUUACCCCUAGAAAAAAAACCCAACUGUGAAGAUGAUGGUCCGGAUUUUGAGCCCAAUCUGUGGAUGUGGGUAAACCCUAACAUCGUGUUUCCCCCUGGAAAGCUGGAGGUCCCUGAAUCUAGCAAGAGGGAGGAUGUGGCAAGCACACUCCCCUCCCCUCAGUCACCCCAGGAGGAGGAAGAUGCCAGUGGCUCAGAGGCCACAGGGGUGGAAUCACUGCCCCUUUCUUCCAGCGAGCAGUCUCCCCCUGAGAAGCAGUUUGCCUCUUCCCCCAGCAACCUGGAGCUCACAGAAGAGGAGGAGGCUGAGGACCAGGAUGACAGCUCCUCUGUGGCUCUCCCGUCCCCUUACAAAAGGGCCCCCCUCCAGAGUCGGAGGCUUCGACAAGCCAACAACCAGGCGGGGAGGCUCUGGUCCCGGCCCCCUCUCAAUUACUUCCACCUAAUUGCCCUGGCAUUAAGAAACAGUUCCCCCUGUGGCCUCAACGUACAGCAGAUCUACAGUUUCACUCGACACCACUUCCCCUUUUUCCGGACGGCUCCAGAAGGCUGGAAGAAUACUGUCCGCCACAAUCUCUGCUUCCGGGACAGCUUUGAGAAGGUGCCAGUCAGCGCGCAGUGUGGGGCCAACACACGGCCUCGGUCCUGCCUCUGGAAGUUAACUGAGGAGGGACACCGCCGCUUUGAGGAGGAGGUCCGCGCCUUGGCUUCCACUAGGCUGGAGAGUAUCCAACAGUGCAUGAGCCAGCCAGAUGUGAUGCCUUUCCUCUUUGACCUUUAAGUCCAGAAGCAAGAGUCAGCCCAUGCCUUAUUAAAGUUAACCU